AUCGCACAUUUUCUAGGAGCCAUGAAAGUGGACAGCAGAAUAUUGAUCCUUGCCUCAACAAUCCUUGUGGUCGUUUGUGAUUCAGAUGAUGAGGACAGUGAAGAAUUUUCGGGGGAGUCCUAUUGGAUGAAGGUGUGCGAAAGAGCGCGUCCCCACCACAUGGGAAUAACAAUUGUAGCAGAUGCGGCUUUUCAAAAUGCACAAGCUGAAACUGGUUACGAUCAGCAUUUGUACUUACAAACUCUUGUGGACACGGUAAACCUAUAUUUCGCGGAACUCAGAUGCUCCAACGUCAAGCUCGUCUUAAUACAAGUUGUAAAUUCGACCGCUGAAGACGAAUCGAUAUUCGAGAUGUUUAAAAACACAACCAAAAGCAGUGGAAGGUCUCUGGACCCACACCUCACUCUGGGAAUGUUCAGGGAAUGGGCAACAUAUCAAAGUUUCUUUAACAAUAGUGAUGUCGUCUAUUUGAUAACAAGUCACAAAAUUUUCGACUUUAUCAUGGCGUACCGACUGGAGAUGAAAGCCGCGUCCUACGCCUACGGGGUGUGUUCGAGGUGGCGGGUGGCACUUAGCUCGGAUGACGGCAAGACAUUUUCGGGCGUUCCCGCUGCAGUUCAACAAAUCGCCAACUUGUUGGGAGUUGAUUGGGACGAUAAUAGGAAAAAAGUGGGGUGUACUCCUCAGGAUGGUCAUGUGAUGAGCAGAAAUGGUGAACCCACCCAGCACCCAACCUUCUCAAAUUGCAGCAAAGAGUCGUGGGAAGAACGGACUCUGAUGUCUUUAAGCCUAAGGCCAUGCUACAAGUUGAACAUGUCCCUGAUGUCCACUACAGAGAGCAGAACACCGUAUACAUUUUUUAACUGCAGGGAGCCAUGCAAGAAUAUUACUGAAGAAAGUGAAAACAAUCUACUCAAUGUGCCAUCAGAAGCGAGAGAAGAUUCGAAGACCCUGGAUAUCUGUAAAACUAGUUGUUGUCCGGAUUACAACAAACAGUUUCAUAAAACGACAAAAGGAGCUCCGGAUGGAAUGCCAUGUGGAUCGCAUCAGGUAUGCCUUCAGCAAGUGUGCAUCAAACUGCCGGAACAAAAGAGCGAAGUUAGCACAGUUCCAACGGAUAGUGACACGUGACUCCAAAUAAAAAAAUCACUAUGAAGCCUUAGAAGUGCAACCU